AUGGAUAGAAGAAAUGACUAUGGUUAUCGAAUGCCCACAUUCCAGGGCCCUCUGCCUCCCCCUGGGAGCCUAGGGCUUCCUUUCUCUUCAGAUGUACAGACUGAGACCACAGAGAAGGACAACGUCCUGCUGAUGCGUACCCUGUUGUCGACAUCCAAGGACACACCUAUUGCCAGCCGGUCUAAGAAAAGCAAGACCAAGAAGACUUCUAUUAAAGCUAUUACUAAGACCACACCCACUCCCCCUCCCGUCCCACCUGCCAAUGACAUUGCUGGCAACAAGCCUAAAGUAACUCUGCAGGCUUUAAACCUACCAAUGUUCACCCAGAUCAGCCAGGCUUCUAGUACUACUGAGGCAGCCAAUAUCCAGGCUUCAGUUACUGCUCAGACCAAGAAAGCCAAGACAAAGAGAGUUACUCCCAAGUUAUCCCUAAAUGGCACUGAGGAUGUCACUACACAGCUCAAGUCACCCUUGAAGGCCCUAAACCUACCAGUUACUUCACCAACUAUCCAGUCUCCAAUUGCCAAUGAAUCAGCUAAUUCCCUGGCCUUGAUAGCUGUCAGCAAACCCAAGAAAGCUCCUAAGGCAAAGAAAGCUGCCAAUAAGACCAUACCUAGUGCCACGGAGAUCUCACUGGCUUCGACUGCCACCCACACAGCCACUACCCAAGGCCAAACUGCUAAGGAGACAGCUAGUAUCCAGGCCACAGCAGCCACUAUCCGAGCCAAGAAAACUUCCAAAGCUAAAAGGACAACUGCUAAGACCACAAAUACUGACACUGAAUAUGUAGAGUCCUCAAAUGCCCUGGAGGGAUCUAGCAGACAGAUUGAGGCCUCAACUGUAGGUCUAAGGCCCAAAAAGCCCAAGGGAAAGAAGGUUGCCAAUAAAGGCCCAAAUUCUGCUUCUGAGCUCUCUGAGGCUCCACCUGCCAUCCAAAUGGUCACAAACCAUGCCCUAUCAGUCACCGUACGGAUCAGGAGAGGGUCUAGGGCUCGAAAGGCUGCCACUAAGACUCGGGCUCAAGAAAGCCAGGCUCAAAUCACUGACCAAGGAGCUCAGGCCAAGAUGGCUACCCCUCAGGCCAGCAUAAGUGCCCUUGAGACUCAGGUUGCUGCUGCUGUCCAGGCCUUGGCAGAUGACUAUCUGGCUCAGUUGAGUUUAGAACCCACAACCAGAACCCGGGGCAAGAGGAACCGGAAGUCUAAGCAUCCCAAUGGAGAAGAAAGAACUGGGAGUAAUUACAGGCGGAUCCCAUGGGGCCGAAGGCCUCCACCACCUAGAGAUGUGGCCAUUUUGCAGGAAAGGGCAAAUAAGUUGGUGAAAUACCUGUUGGUUAAGGACCAGACAAAGAUCCCCAUCAAGCGCUCAGACAUGCUGAAGGAUGUCAUCCAAGAAUAUGAUGAGUAUUUCCCAGAGAUCAUUGAACGAGCAAGCUAUGCUCUGGAGAAGAUGUUUCGAGUCAAUCUGAAGGAAAUUGAUAAGCAAAGUAGCUUGUAUAUUCUUAUCAGCACUCAGGAGUCCUCUGCAGGCAUACUGGGAACGACCAAGGACACACCUAAGCUGGGUCUCCUCAUGGUGAUUCUGAGUGUCAUUUUCAUGAAUGGCAACAAGGCCAGUGAGGCUGUCAUCUGGGAGGUGCUGCGCAAGUUGGGGCUGCGCCCUGGGGUAAGACAUUCACUUUUUGGAGAAGUGAGAAAACUCAUCACAGAUGAAUUUGUGAAGCAAAAGUAUCUGGAAUACAAGAGGGUCCCCAACAGCAGACCACCUGAAUAUGAAUUCUUCUGGGGCCUGCGGUCUUACCAUGAGACUAGCAAGAUGAAAGUCCUGAAAUUUGCAUGCAAGGUACAGAAGAAAGAUCCUAAAGACUGGGCUGCUCAGUACCGGGAGGCAGUAGAGAUGGAUGUUCAGGCUGCAGCUGUGGCUGUGGCUGAGGCUGAGGCCAGGGCUGAGGCAAGAGCCCAAAUGGGGAUUGGAGAGGAAGCUGUGGCUGGGCCCUGGAAUUGGGAUGACAUGGAUAUUGACUGUUUAACAAGGGAAGAGUUGGGUGACGAUGCUCAGGCCUGGAACAGAUUUUCCUUUGAAAUUGAUUCCAGAGCCCAAGAAAAUGCAGAUUCUACCAACAAUCUCAACUUCAACCAAGGACCUAGUACCAGAAAUAGCUUCAGUGAUGGUGCCAAUAUUAGCUUUGGUGGUAUAACCAACCCCAGUGGAGGCUUUGGUGGCAUGCCCAACUCCAAUGCAAGCAUUAGCUUUGGCAGCGCAUCCAGCACCAGCACUAGUUUCAGCAGUGGAGCCAGCAUCAGCUUUGGUGGUGCACCUAACACUAGUACUAGUUUCAGCAGCACAGCCACCAUUAGCUUUGGUGGUGCACCCAGCACUAACACUAGUUUCAGCAGCACAGCCAGCAUUAGCUUUGGUGGUGCACCCAGCAUUAGCAGUAGUUUCAGUGGUGGAUCCAGCAUUAGCUUUGGUGGUUCUCCUUCCACCAGUACCAGUUUCAGUGGUGGAGCCAGUAUUAGUUUUGGUGGUGCACCUUGUACCAGUGCCAGUUUCAAUGGCUUUGGAGGCACACUUAGCAGUACCGCAGCUGGCUUUAGUGGUGCACUCAGCACAAGCACCAACUUUGGCAGUGCACCUACCACAAGCACUGUCUUCAGUGGUGCAGUUAGCACCACCACUGGCUUUGGAGGCACCCUUAGCACCAGUGUCUGCUUUGGUAGCUCUCCCUGCUCUGGUGCCGGCUUUGGAGGCACACUCAGUACCAGUAUCUGCUUCGGUGGUUCUCCUAGCACCAAUAAUGGUUUUGGUGGUACACUCAGCACCAGUGUUUCCUUUGGUGCUUCUUCUAGCACCAGCUCUGACUUUGGUGGCACGCUAAGCACGAGUCUUUGCUUUGGUGGUGCAAUCAGCACCAGUGCUGGCUUUGGCAAUGCACUCAGCACCAGUGCCAGCUUUGGUAGCGUACUCAAUGGCAGUUCUGGCUUUGGUGGUGCCAUCAGCACCAGUGCCAGCUUUGGUAAUGCACUCAAUAACAGUGCUGGCUUUGGCGGUGCCAUCAGCACUAGUGCCAGCUUUGGUGGCGCACUCAAUGACAGUGCUGGCUUUGGCGGUGCCAUCAGCACUAGUGCCAGCUUUGGUGGCGCACUCAAUGGCAGUUCUGGCUUUGGCGGUGCCAUCAGCACCAGUGCCAGCUUUGGUGGCGCACUCAAUGGCAGUUCUGGCUUUGGCGGUGCCAUCAGCACCAGUGCCAGCUUUGGCGGUGCCAUUAGUACCAGUGCCAGCUUUGGCGGUGCAAUCAGCACCAACCCCGACUUUGGUGGUGCAUUCAGUACCAGUGUUGGCUUCGGUGGGGCACUUAGCACCACUGACUUUGGUAGUACCCACAGCAACAGCAUUAGCUUUGGCAGUGCUCCUACUACCAGUGUCAGCUUUGGUAGUUCUCACAGCACUAAUCUCUGUUUUGGUGGAGCACCCAGCAACAGUCUCUGUUUUGGCAGUGCAUCUAACACCAACCUAUGUUUUGGAGGCUCUUCCAGCACCAACUCCUGCUUUAGUGGUGCUACCAGUGCCAAUUACAGUGAGGGGCACAGCACCAGUGCCAUUUUCAGCUUUGGGAAUGGGCUAAGUACCAAUGCUGGCUUUGGAAAUGGAUUGGGCACCAGUGCUGGCUUUGGCAGCAGCCUAGGCACCAGCACUGAUUUUGGUGGUGGACUAAGUCCUAAUGCUGACUUUGGUGGGGGACUGGGUACCAGUGCUGGCUUCGAUGGUGGACUAAACACCAGCACUGAUUUUGGUGGUGGACUGGGCACUAAUGCUGGCUUUGGUGAUGGACUGGGCAGCAACACUGGCUUUGGUGGUGGACUGGUCACUAAUGAUGGCUUUGCUGGUGACCUGAGUGCCAAUAAUGGGUUUGGCAGCACACUUGGCACUGGUGCAGGCUUUGGUGUAAGCCUCAGCACUGGCGAUGGCUUUGGCAAUGGGUCUAAUGCCAGCUUUGACAGAGGACUGAAUACCAUCAUUGGCUUUGGCAGUGAUUCCAACACCAGCAGUAGCUUUACUGGUGAACCCAGCACCGGCUCCAGCUUCAGUAAUGGACCCAGUUCUAUUGUUGGCUUUAGUGGUGGACCAAGCACUGGUGCUGGCUUCUGCAAUGGACCAAGCACUGCUGGCUUUGGUGGUGGACUGAGCGGCAGUGCUGGCUUUGGUGGUGGACUGAACUCCAGUGCUGGAUUCAGCGGUGGACCAAGCACUGGCACUGGCUUUGGUGGUGGAGGCACUAACCUCGGUGCCUGUGGCUUCUCUUACGGCUAA